CCUAAAGCCCCCACAUUCUUUCUUUUUUAUACAGUAAUAAUACUGCACUACUAUUCCUUUCCAGUUUCCUCCCUCUUUUCUCUUCUUUAUUAUCUCCUUUCUUAUUUUGGCUUUUUCCUUUGGCUUGCUUUCUCUUCAAAAUGACCCUUGUUUCUUCUCAUCUAUUCAAGCCAUGUCUAACCUUUGUUUUUCUAGCCUUGUUUCAGUCUCACACAACUUUCUCUGCUCUGAUAUUGAGCUUGAGAAACCACCGUAGCUACCCCCAACAUCCAAGGCCAAUGUUCCAAACCAACCGAACUACUUGUGCAUUGUUUGCAGGGACUUGGGUCCGUGAUGAUACUUACCCAUUGUACCAAUACUCGAACUGCCCAGUCAUAGAUGCUGAAUUCAACUGUCAAAUGUCUGGGAGACCUGAUUCUGGUUACCUUAAAUAUCGAUGGCAGCCUCUCAAUUGUCAGCUCCGAAGGUUCGAUGGGCUUGUUUUUUUGUCGAAAAUGAGAGGGAAAACAGUGAUGUUCGUUGGUGAUUCACUGGGAAGGAAUCAAUUUGAGUCUUUGAUUUGUAUGAUUUUAGCUGCCAACCCCCAAACCCAGACUCAGAUGAACAGAGCAAUGCCUCUCUCUACUUUCAAGUUCCUGGAAUAUGGUGUAUCCAUAUCAUAUUUUAGAGCUCCAUUUUUGGUAGACGUAGAUGUGAUGCAAGGGAAGAGGAUUGUAAAGUUAGACGACAUAGCUGGAAAUGGAAACGCCUGGCGAAUGGCCGACGUGCUGGUGUUUAACACAGGCCAUUGGUGGGGUCAUGAAGGAUCUCUCCGAGGGUGGGAUUUGAUUCAAUCAGGUGGUAAAUAUUACCAGGACAUGGAUCGUUUGGUUGCUAUGGAGAAAGGGCUAAGAACAUGGGCCAAUUGGGUUGACUCCAAUGUCGACAUAACUAGAACCAGAGUCUUUUUCCAGUCUGCUUCCCCCGACCAUUACAAUCCAAACGAAUGGAGUGCUGCAGCAACUGCGACGACUGCAAAAAACUGUUAUGGAGAGACGGAACCAAUGAAAGGAACUACGUACACCAGCACAUAUGCAGAUCAGAUGGGUGUAGUGAAUGAAGUCAUCAGGGAGAUGCAUGUUCCUACAUAUUUGAUGGACAUAACAAUGCUCUCUGAGCUUAGGAAAGACGGGCACCCAUCAAUUUACCGUGGUGAUUUCAGCCCUUCUCAGAGAGCUAACCCGCAAAAGUCAGCUGAUUGUAGCCAUUGGUGCCUUCCCGGAUUACCUGAUACUUGGAAUGAACUAUUUUAUACUGUAUUAUUCUACUAGUUUCGAUCUGGUUCACUUCAUUUUAUGGUAAUAUGGUUACCAUUGAUUUUGAUGAUAGGUUAGUGUAGCCUUCAUUAUUAAGCAAUACAUUAUCAUUUUGAAGUGAAGAUUCUCAUUAACGAUUAA